AUGCUAGUGGGGCUCACGGGUUUGAUGGAGUGGACUGUGAUGCAGCCAUCCACCGCCUCCCAACUGGACGCCUCUUACACUUCUUCUACCGGCGCGUUGCAGCAGGCUCGAACCUAUCCGGCCCUCCUCACCGAGCUCACACCCACAGUCUUGACCGGGCGCAGCUCCGCCUCUGCCAGCGCUGCGCCGCUGGUGUACGCUACUGUGUCCUCCCUCGUCGAAAUCGAAAAGAUCGGACCGCGCCAGCUCCGACUGCGACAGGAGCUCUUUGGUGUUCCGGGGACGUAUCGUGUGCUGUACUUGACCGCGCCAAGCGCUGUGGCUUGCGAUGAGUGGUGGCGUGCCCUUUACCGCCUUACCGACGAUCAGCGGCUCCACCUCCGAUCAACUAACGCUCCAGUAGCAGCGGCACCAAGCUUUCACCCUGAUCCGGAGAGCGCACAUCCGUGUUGUGAUGCGGCCGCAUGCCUGGCCGACUCCCUUGUCGCACCGGCCCCGGAACGCUCACAGGAAGUAAGUGGCGUGACAGAGCUGCAACGAAUGCUGCUCUUCACCCCCUCUUCGCCGUGUUCUGUCAGAGCCGGACGACCAUCUUGUCGUCUGCGAGGUUGCAUGUCCCAGUCAUCACCGUCUGCCAUCGAGCCGUCUGUGACUGACUUGAGGACCUCCCAGCUGCUUCUGCGUCCGCAGCAGCUGGCGCUUGGCACAUCAAGGGCUGACAGCACAAGGCACCCAGUGGCAGUACUUCCGCCAUCCGGCCUCAUGCUCGCUUGUGAUGCCGCUACUGCUGCGGCUGCCGCGGUCACGGGGACAUCCUCGUUAUCGCUUCAAUGCAAUUCGGCACCCGCGCGCACCGACGUUAUCCCUUCCAUAGAGAGGCCGAUGCCUUCGGGUGUGUCGACAGCUUCCCCGCCGCGACCAAUUGCACCGGUCAAGGACAGUGGUCGUAGGCAUCUUGCGCAAGCGCAGAGGCCGACUUCCACCUCGGCGCUGUCUGUGUCUUUGCCAAUGAAAAGUCCUGUGUCAUCUACGGCUGCUGUGAAUGGAAGUGCAAACCUGCUUGGCGCACCUGCAGCUGCAUCGAGGCGGAUCGCGGCUCCUCCCUCUUUGUGCGCGCUUCUCGGAAGCGGCACUGAUCUGUGUUCCAGGACCGCGUCUGUCUCCACUGCGUCACACGCUUCCACGGCUUCUAUCAGCGGGGAUGCGGCGGAGAGGGAGGCGGGCGUUUCUCCUCAGACGCUUGCAGCCGCCUCUGCUGCAUCGCCGAAGGAGAAGGAGACACCAGCAGCUGAGACAGUCGCCACGCUGUCGUCGAGCGCGUUGCCGCGAGAGCACGUCGAGUUCAACAGCUCCGCAGGCGUCGCCUGGCAUCCCGCUUUCUUAACCCCUGCCACCGCCGCGGUGGUGCCCACUGCUGCGGCUCGUACCUCUUCAACGCAGCCGCUGGGGCAGCGCCCGGUGUCGCCGCGUUUGUGCCUGCGGCAAGUACCCCUGCAAAACCCUCCACGAGGUCGAUCUCCUUCGCUUACACGUAGAGGUGCCACAGCUCCGGCGGCACUGCCGUCAUCAGAAGCAGCAGCUCUUGCACAGGCCUCGACAGCGGGUUGUACUCUGUCACCCGUCUCUUCCGCCUACGAGCCAAUUCACGUGGACAGCACCACGGUGUCUCGUGCGCACGGCAGCGGCUGCUCCUCACCGUGUAGUCGACUGAAAUCUCCAUCCUCUGCGCUGGACAUCUACCUGUUACACUGGUACGGGUGUUGCACUCCAUCACUGACGCCGCGCAUUAUGUACCGCGGCGUGUCACCCCUGUGGAGGCGGAACAUGAACGCAAAGGGCAGUCGCUCCCGCUCUCGAGAGCGUCGCGACUCGGCUGCCACGCCAAUGUCCGGGCAACCACGCGGCAAUCGCCAUUGCGGCCUGACCCGAUCUGUCGGUCGUCGCCGAUAUUCCUCGUCCUCGCUGGCUCACCGCUCUCGUUACGUUGGUGCCGCCUAUGCACCUGCGAUUCCCCCGCUCUUGUCAGUGAUUGCACAGCCACACAUGUUUCUCAAGUAUCCGGUACGGGUAUCGUCACCUCGUAGCAGCGACAAAGACGGUGCUGGCGCGGACGGAGCCGCGACGUACGUUUUCCUUACCCUUGAUGAGGACUGCGUCGUUACGGUACCAGCUGCACGGUUCGACCAGCGCAUGAAGGAAGCGAGCCUCCUGCAGCAGCGCAAAGCCCCUGACGACAGCGCUAGAGCGGAGCGCUGCUGUUCUGGUGCCGACUCCGUGUCGGUCGGGGUGCGCAGCUUCGAGCGGGCCCAGCGCUUCUUCGGCGCGGAUUACUGCAGAGCAAUGCCAGUAGCUGAGGUAGAGCGGGUAUCAAGAGGCAACGAAGAGCCCCUGCUGCUCCUCAACGCUGCGCAGCGGGAGCGGUUUCGCGAUCUUUCCAAGAUGAUCUGUAUUGCGACGCAGACGCACGCGCUCAUAUUGGAGGCGACCAACUCGACGGAUGCAGAGAGGUACGUGGGCAAGUGGAAGAGGUACUUGCGUAGUCUGCGAGGAGCACAUUGA